AUGUUGGCUUCCGUCGUGAGGGACAAACUGAAGGAGGAAUUCCAGCUUGUACAUAGCGGCAUAUCAACCAUCCAGGAAUCAGCUAACGGGUUCACGGAAACCAUCCUUCUAAACAUCAACGACGUGUUUGGAAUGCCACCAGUUCCCUCUGUGGAGACGUCUUUUCGCCCCCCUACCGUGGAUGCGGCCACUCAGACAAUCCCCGAUUCGACAACCAUAAUCGGAAAUGCAAUCAACUUUGCAAACAAGUCAUCCAUUCCAGCUGCUGAUGAUGGUGAUAUUGGGUUAGAACCAAACACGGGUGUUGAUGGUGUCUCUAACGAUGCUUGCGAGGAAGGCGUGGGUGCAAAACAGACGUCAUCGGAUGAUGAUCAUUUACAAAGUCCACAGACAGAGAACGUACUGGAAUCACCUCUUGAUCCAGCUUUGGUAUUUCCCAACCCAACUUUCUCGCUUGGCCUUACGCAGGAGGCUGUUGUGGUUAAUACAACGGACGCCACUGUGAACCAGCAAAUUGACCAGGAAGUUAUUGAUGAAGGCAACUUAGAGGUAACUGACGCCGAAGGAGAUGGGUGUAGGAAAAGCAAGAGGCAAAAGGUACCAACGAAGGCACUUAUGGGAGAGUACGAGUGUGACAAAGGAUUUCUGAACCGUGCCAGAAAGGCUGUGGCUGAUGCUAUCUACCAUGGAGGUAACAUUGAUUACUCGGCCAAAUUUGCAGCUUUAAUGGAGAAGCUGAAGAUGCCUUUUGAAAUAACAACUGAGAAGGGGAAUAUUUGGAGCAACGAACUCUACGACGUCGUUCAGAGAGAAAACCAAGUAUCAGCCAAGGUCAUGGAUGUGCUUAUGUUCCACACCAGUUCAUUGCUCCGCUCGGCGUCAUCUGCAAACCAACACGCCAGUUCUGUUUUCAUGGACACACUGUUCGUCUCGCAGUUUACCAAAAUGUACACCAAGUUCUCGAAGCAUGCAAAAAAAGAAAGCUACAAGUUCAGUGGGAGUGUUGUAGAGAUGUUUACCAAGCUUCCGGGUUACGCUGAUGUUGUCCGUAUUUAUUUUCCAUUCUACCUGGAUAAGAAGUAUUGGGUUGGCAUCUGUGUGGAUUGCGGAACCUGGAGCGUCACUGUGUUUGACUGCAACAUCUCGCAAAGGACAGAGUACAUGAUGAACAAAGAAGUAAGACCUGUAGCAUUGAUGUUUCCAUAUUUUCUGAAGCAGGUGGGCAGGCAGGUUGGAACCAGAGACUGCAAGGCAAUGGCAAUUGAAAGGCCCCGUACCAUCCCUCAGCAAAAAGAACUCAAUGACUCUGCUGUAUCAUCCGUCCUUUUCAUCCAAGCGCACGCGAUGGGGGGCAUCGAUGCUUGUAAAUGCAUUACACCAGAUGUUAUAGACAGCCAUGUGGAGAGGCUGGUUGUCACUCUUUAUGAGGCAUCUGUCGGACCUCUAUGA